AUGUCAGAUUUGGACGACGAUUUGUUGGCUCUUGCUGGAGCUGGAUCCGAUGAUGGUGGAAUAGUGUCAGAUAAUGAAGAGCUUGAAAGGAGGACUAGCGGAAAGAAGCGAAGUAGAAAUGCGAAUUACGAUGACGAAAGCGACUUCGAUGAAGAAGAGGAAGAAGAAGAUGAUGACGAGGGAGAGGAUGUCACAGAUGAUGACGAAGAGGCUACAGAGGAAGAAGACUUACACUCGGUCAAAAAUCCGUAUCCUCUUGAGGGAAAGUACAAAGAUGAACAGGAUAAAGCCUACCUCGAAGGAUUAGCAGAAGUUGAAAGAGAAACCAUUCUGUUCGAUCGUUCACAAGAAAUGCAAAAGUUCCAGGAGAUGGAGUAUUUGGCCCAAAGGGCUCGAGAGAGAAAGCAGACUGAAAAGGCGUUAAAGAAGCGAUCUAAAAAACAAUCUGAAGAAGGUUUACUGGCUACAAAGCGAUCUACUAGAGAUAAAACAGGUGGCAUCCCGUCGACCAAAAAAUCAAAACUAUCAGAAUUAAAGCAAAAAAGGCAAGAGAAGCACCAUCGAAAAGCAGGUGGUCUAGAAGUUCCAUAUCGCCGUGGUGAGAGGGAUUCGUCCGAAGACGAAGAGGAUGAGGGUUACUUCGAGGAUGAAGACGAAGGAUACGGCCGCGAUGGAAAGAAGCGGGAGGAUGAAGUUGAAUGGGCCGAGACAAAGCCUUCUAAGGAGGUGACAUAUGAAGAUCUGAACAAAAUAAAGUUUGGAAAGACACUAUUUUCAAGAUUCUGUCACAAUCCUGGUUUUGAAGAUGUAGUCAUUGGCACAUUUGUGAGGAUAAAUAUUGGCUUUAAUAGGGAAAAACAAGCCAAUGUUUAUCGUGUAUGUCAAGUCAAGGAGGUUGUCAAGGCGAGUAAGCCAUAUACGUUCCUAGGAAGAACUGUCGAUGAAAAUAUUCGGGUUGCUUAUGCUGACAGCGAGCGAACGUUCGAAAUGGGUAUAUGUAGCGACCAGUCCAUUACUGAAGAAGAGUUCCGGUCGUGGAAGUCAGCUAUGGACAAAUCAGGAUUAAGUGUUAUAUCCAAGCGAAGGGUAGAUCGUAAAUUGGAAGAGCUCACUGCCUUCCAAUCACGGGUUUUGACGGCCGAGGAAGUCAACCAAAUGAUUCAAAGACGUCAAAAGCUUUCUGGAAAAAAUCUUGGUGCCAAUAUUGUUCUUGAAAAGUCUGUUCUUCAGCAAAGGAGGGUGAUUGCACUGGAGCAAAACAAUUUCGAAGAAUUGGAGCAAAUUGAUCAGCAAAUAGAGAGUAUUGACCGUAUGCUCAACAAGUCAAAACGACGCUCUGAGAUCGACAAGCUCGCAAAAGUGAAUGAGAGAAAUAGAAGAGCCAAUCUUGAUGAAAUUCGUAAAGCAGAAGUUCUCGCCAACGAGACGCGAAGGAAACUUACUAAGGACGCCAAUAUUUCGAACCCCUUCAAUCGGUUGAGAACGUCUGCCCGUAUUUUCUAUCGAACAGGGUCCCAAUCUGAAUCUCCAGCACCAGCUGCGGCCACUGAACAGAACAACGAAGAAUCUAUCACAGCUGUUUUGGGAAACGCCAAACACAUUGAUCUCGAUGAACUUAUUGCCUCACUUGAUAUUCCUUUGGAAAUUACAAUUUAG